CUAAAUAAUUGAUAACUUAUCGAAUAGUUCACUGUCUGUUUUUUAAGAACGUGUUUCUUACACGUUUUAAAAAAAAUAUAUAUAAGUAGAGUGGGGGAAGCUAACUGACACAUCUAUAUAUUUACACAAAGACAAAUUUCCAAGAUUUUAAUGUAAAAAUAAGUUUUUAACUUGAAAAACAUUCUUCUCGGGAUCUGCAUUUAUUUUCAUUUUUUCUGGAAAAUCUACAACAAUGUCUUCCGAGGUUGUUUACAAGAAAAAGACAAGAGUACAAGCCUUGGAUCCCGAAUCAAAGCAUUGGCUGUUAGCGACGAUCACUGAUGUUCAACUUGAAAGUGCGAAAGUUACUUGGAAUGGUUACUCCAAAGAGUACGAUUGCUGGCUAAAUAAAAAAGACAUUCGUAUGCCGGUUAAAAUAAGACCAAUGAUUUCCAGAAAUUUAAUAUCGAAGAAAAACUUUCCAAAUCGAAAACAUCCAAAAGAUCUCCAAUAUGAAGAUGUCAUUUACGACAUGAAAAGAAAUCAGAAAUUUAUUGUUGACACAAACGAUCAAUACGAGGCUAAAAUUACUACAACCACUGGAGAAGCAGUUCUUUACGAAAACCUCAAAGAAUACGAUGGUGAAAUCGUUGCAGUAGCGGAAGAACCUGAUGCAAACAUGCUACAACUAGAUUUUUCAGAUGACACAACCGUUGAAGUAUCAACAGAAGAAAAGUCGUGUUUACCGGCUUUAAAGUCUUUAGACAUUUUGUUUGAACCUGCCUUAAAAAGGUCAUCUUCACUUUCACCAAAGGACCUUCCAACCCUUCAAGAAGAAACAUUUCAGCCUGAAAUCCAUGAAACAACAGAAUGUUUAGAAGAAGGAGAGAGUAUAUCUUCACUGCUGAAGAAAUUAUUUCGAGAAAUAAAAGAAAUUAAGGUCGACAUACGGGAAAUUCGAGAAAGAAUUGACAUAAACGAGGCUACCACUAAUCAAAUAAAUGAUAAAGUAGAACUUGUGGAAACAACUACAAAACACAUUGAGACGCAUUUAAAAAGAAGAAAGGAGAAAAGUAAACUUUCAUCUGAAACAUUUUUUGUUCGUCCAGACAGUACCAGAGCAUUUCAAGUCACCCCCACUGUUAACGCCACUAACAUUACUUCCGAAGAAUUUAACAUGACACCUGAAGUCACAAGUAUCCUGGCCGAUAUCACUAAUGUGACGCCUGAACACGUUAAUGUCGCGCCCGAAGAAAUGCAACCUCCGCAAAUUUCCUACAUGCAUUUACUGGAAAAUCCCAUGACUACUGACCCAACCACAUUUCAGCUUUUUACUGAAAUGAAUGAUCCAGUUAACUCGACGCCACUUCCAAAAAAAAGAAAAAUAAAUUCUUGUGCUUGUUAUAUAAAACAGCAACUGCAAGCGUUGUAUACCGAGGAAGAGCUAGCGGUAGGAAGAAUACAAGGUGGUGUUCGAAAUUACCAAACAGGAGCGUUAAACACUUCUUCCCUCUCUCCGAAUCGUAUGAGUGUUAUAGUGCGUCAAGCAAAAAAACGGUACAGCGAUGAAUUUAUGGAAAUGAAAAAUUUAAAUGAAAUUGUGAACUCAAAAUGCAGACAAGUAAAACGAAAAUUAAUCGCCAAACAAAAAGCCAGAGACAAUGUUUAACGAAACGAACUUUAUAAUUGUUGAAAAAAAUUAAAUAUAAAGACUAUAGAUAAUAGUCCAAUUACAAUAAACGAACUUCCUAUAAGCAAAUUUUUAUACGAACUUCUUUAAAAAUGAUACGAACUACAUACGAACUUUAUUUUAAAUGAUACGAACUUUAUACGAACUUUUAAUUUUGAUGAUACGAAAAAGUUCGUAUUAAAAAUAAAAUGAUACGAAAGAUUUAAUAAAUCGAUACGAAGUUUUUUAUACGAAUUAUACGAACUACGUACGAACAUUUUGAGACGGUCCCUAAGGCCCGUUGUUGAUGUGUUCAUUGCACUUGUUGAUGUAGUCAAGUGUAUUCAUGAUAACUGUUGUUCCCCCCUUGUCUUCUGGUAGGAAUAUGAUAUCUUUGUCCUUCUUUAGAUUCUUCAAUGACAGUCUUUAAGAUUUUUGCAAAUUGUCCUUUGGUGUUUUGCUUUUCUGUAGCGUGAGGCUUACUUUAGCUCUUACUGUGUCUGCCUCUUCUUUUGGUAGAUCUUUAAUUGCCUCUUCCACUUUUGCAACUAUUUCUUUCUUUGGAAUUGAAGCUGGUGUCAUGCAGAAAUUCAUUCCUUUUGAUAGAAGGUUUGUUUCUUCUGUCCUGAGUUGUCUGUUGGAGAGAUUGACAAUCCAUUUGCUCUUUUCUAUACCCGUUUGUGUAUCAUCAUUGAAUCUGUCAUUGAUUUUGUUGAACUUUAUCAUAUCGUUUUGUUGAACUUUAUCCUCAAUUUUCUUUGCCCGAUGAUGGGAGAAGGAUCUCCCGAAACGUCGCCUACUAAACUAUCAUGUUCAAGAAAUGAUAAACUUUCCACAGUAAUAUGAAUACUGAACAGACAAAC